CCAGUGACCCUGGCCAUGCAGUCCACCGAGGCCUGGAGUCAGAGCUGGGGCACGAUGUCCUGGGACUAUUCGGGUUCUGGCUCCCUGGACCAAAUAGAGCUUUGCCCGGCCUGGGACCUGCCCUACAGUCACGCCAUCAUCCCUGCGCUCUACCUGGCGGCCUUCACCGUGGGCUUGCCGGGCAACGCCUUCGUGAUGUGGCUGCUGAGCGGACAGCGCGGCCCACGGCGGCUGGUGGAUACCUUCGUGCUGCACCUAGCGGCCGCCGACCUGGGCUUCGUGCUCACGCUGCCACUGUGGGCCGCGGCGGAGGCCCUGGGCGGCCUGUGGCCCUUCGGCGACGGCCUGUGCAAAGCCAGCAGCUUCGCGCUGGCGGCCACGCGCUGCGCGGGCGCGCUGCUGCUGGCGGGCAUGAGCGUGGACCGCUACCUGGCCGUGGGCCGGCCGCUGAGCGCGCGGCCGCUGCGGAGCCCGCGCUGUGUGCGAGCCGCGUGCUGCGGCGCCUGGGCGGCGGCGUUCCUGGCCGGGCUCCCCGCCUUGCUCUACCGCGGGCUGCAGCCGAGCCCGGACGGCUUGGGCAGCCGGUGCGCCGAAGAGCCGUCGGAUGCACUCCAGGGCCUCGGCCUGCUGCUGCUGCUGCUGACCUUGGCGCUGCCGCUGGCUGUCACCCUGGCCUGCUACUGGCGCGUGUCGCGCCGCCUGCCGCGCGUGGGGAGGGUCCGGAGCAAUUCGCUGCGCAUCAUCUUCGCGGUGGAGAGCGUCUUCGUGGGUUCCUGGCUGCCCUUCGGCGUCCUGCGAGCCAUCUUCCACCUAGCUCGCCUCCGGGCGCUGCCGCUGCCCUGCGCGCUGCUGCUGGCACUGCGCUGGGGUCUGGCUGUCGCCACCUGCCUGGCUUUUGUCAACAGCUGUGCGAACCCCGUCAUCUAUCUCCUGCUGGACCGCUCGUUCCGGGCCCGGGCCCGGUUCGGGGUGUGCACGCGCGCCGGGCGCCAGGUGAGAAGGAUCAGCUCGGCGUCCUCGCUCUCCAGGGACGACAGCUCGGUGUUCUGGGGCCGGUCCCCAAAGGCGAACUCUGCCUCGGCCUCGUAGCCUCCCCGGGGCGGCGCAGGUGGAGCGGCCGUGGAGCUCCAAAGAGAGGAGCCACACCGAGGACAACCGUGCUCCCAAGCCGCGGCCGGAGGACUGUCCGUCGGUUUUCUCAGAACUGGCUAAGACUGGCUGUUCGCGCAGACAGAUAGACGUGGGAAGGGUGGGGUGUUUCCUUAAUUUUCCCCAGGGCAAGAAAGGCUGUAGACACCCACCUGGUUUACCCAGUAGAUGUGAGGGAAGUGGGGUUUCCUCUCUGCUUCAUUUGGUGUAGCUCAGCUCAAACAUCCAACGCAGACUCUCAUCGGCCCUUCUUGCCCCUGCAAAAAGCCUUUGCCUCCACCUGCACACCAGCCCUCUAGUAAUGCCACCUCAGAAAUGUCUUUAGAACGAGAGGAGGGACAGUUCUCUUUCUCUGGCUGUCUUUGUAGUUGCAUUGACUGAAUCCUUUCACAUCCCCAGUUUGGAUUUUCAUUUCAAAGGCUCACCAAAGACGUGGGAACCACCUCCAGUCUGAGCUGCCCAACUUGGUCCUUCCCACCUGUUCCUUCAGAGUACCAACCUGGCUGUGGUUAUCUUCUCCCCUCUGGAGAAGCUGUUCUGACCUUCCUUCUUAGUUAGGAUCUGAAAUUUCAGCGGGCAUUCCGAUUCCCCAUCACUCAGCCAGGGACCCCAGGUUCUUCUGUGCGUUCACAUCUCAACAAUAAUAAUAAACCAUUGGU